AUGCCUUCUCCACUCUCUACCGUUGUGCUUCUUGCAUCCCUUGUUUCUAGCGCCCUAUCAGCUCCAUCCCAGUAUGACUUUAGCAAGAUCGAUCCCAGCCAGAUCAUUCAAAGGGAUGUCGUUGUCGUUGGAGCCGGCUCCGCUGGUCUCCACGCUGCUAUCAACCUGAUAGACCACAACAAAACCGUCAUGGUCAUCGAAAUGAAGUCACGCGUGGGUGGACACUUUGAGACCGCCAGAGACCCCAUCAGCGGCCGCAGUGCCGAGGCUGGUGUAGUUAUCCUCCACAACGAGCCACAAGUGAAGCAAUUUUUCGGCCGUUUCAACGUCCCGUUGAGGAACAUUUCCCUCAACGACCUUGGUCCCAGCAGCAGGCCCGUGGACCUCAGGACCGGCCAGCUCAUUCCCGCCGGAGCCAUCCAACAGCCUUCUCAACAGGCUCAGGCUCAGGCAUUCCAGAAAUUAGCUGCUUUUCUGGCCCAGUACCCGGAGCUUGACAGGGGACUGUUCGUUAAGGAGCCCGUCGCUCCUGAGCUACUCAUGCCCAUGGGUCAGUUGAUCCCGAAACUUGGCCUCGAGCCAAUUGCCAACACCCUAGCUGGACUUGUUUCGAACAACGGCGAUUUCCUCAACACCCCAGUCAUUCAGGUUACUCGUAUAGUCGGUCUGAGCCUUCUCCAGACCAUUGCCGGCGGUAGCUUCCUCACCAGCGCAAAGAAUGACAACAGCGAGCUUACGGACAAGGCUGGCGCAGAGUUGGCUGCUAAGAAGAGUUUGCUUCUCAGCUCAAAGGUCGUUCACACCAGGCGCCAAAAGCAUGGUGUCCAGCUUGUUGUCCAGACCCCCAACGGUAUCAAGUACAUCUGCGCCAAGAAGCUCCUCAUGGCCGUCCCUCCGCGUGUCGAGGCUCUCCAGGCCUUCGAUCUCCGCCAGAAUGAGAAGGACAUCUUCAACAAGCUCAUCGCUACCGGUUACUACGCGGCCAUCCUCAACAAUACCGGUCUCCCGGCUGGCCAGAGUUACGCCAACGUCUCACCUGAGAAGCCUUACGGUAUCCCUGAUCUCCCUACUACCUUUACGAUCAGCGCCAACCCCAUCCCCGGCACUUUUACCGCUUUUUACGGCACGUCUGCCAGUAGGUCUGCCUACGCCGUCUCUGACGACUAUGUCAAGAGCCAGAUGAUCGCCAGCAUCAAGAAGCUCCAGGCCGCCAACCCGCAGACAGCCAACCAGACGCAGCCUGAUUUCUUUUACUAUACCGCACACCCUCCUUACGCGAUCCAGGCCAAGCCGGAAGACAUUCAGGCGGGCAUCUACAGGAAAAUGUAUGACCUUCAGGGACAGGACAGCUGCUUCUGGACCGGUGCUGCAUUCAGGGCCGAGGACAGCAGCAAUAUCUGGCGCUUCAACUUGGAGGUUGUCCUCCCAGCGCUGCUCAAGUCGCUCUAG